CCUUGCCGCCUAUCUACUACUGGACCACUCCCUCUCUCCACUCCUUCCAUCCACCACUCCCUCCUUCCGCUUCCCCUACCGCUGUGCCUGUGACUUUCCAUAGUCAUUGGCAUUUUCAGAGCGCUGAGGAAUUGUGCGACAGAGCAGGGACGACCGCUUCAUCUUCAUCUUUCUUGCCCCAUUUUACACGAUUGCACAUCCACCUUCAAUUUUCUUUCUAUUCCCACACUCUAACGCUUGCCCAAGAUGUCGACGAAGAAGAACAUUGAUGGCGAGGAGGUCCUCGAGGGAUACCGAGGCAACCUCACGCCCGAGCACCAGAAGCAGCUGCGAGAGAUGUACCGCCGCCUGUUUGAACUCUACGAGCAGAACAAGAGCCGAUCCGAGGAGCUCGAGCGCGAGGGCGGGCCCCAGGUGGCCGCAAGCCUCAAGAAGCAAAAGAAGUCCGGCGGAGACUCGGGAAAGAAGAAGGACGAGCCUGGCAAGGACAUUCCCAAGGACGACAAGGCCAAGGAGGAGGCCAAGAAGCAGGAGGAGCUGCGCGACCUGCGCGACAUGAUGGACACCUACGGCGGGCCCUAUCUCCGUCGCGCACUCUGGGAAUUCGUAAAGCACGACAAUCCCGACGCCGGCCUGCUUCGCUUCCUUCGAGCCCGCAAGUGGGACCUGGACCGAGCGCUGGCCAUGCUUGCCGCCGCGCUCAAGUUCCGCUACGAGAUGGACGUCGAAGGCAUCAUCUUCAAGGGUGAGGCCGGCAUGUCCGACGUGCCCGGCUUCCUCAACCAGUUCCGCCGCGGUAUCUCGUACAUCAAGGGAAACAGUGAGGCACCUGGAGAAUACCCCAUCUACUUUAUCCACGUCGCUCGCCACUUUACAAACGCCCAGAAGCACGAGGUGCUCCAGCAGUUCGUCCUCCUUGCCAUGGAGAACGCCCGGCAGCUUACCACGCCGCCCUAUGAAAAGGCCAUUGUCAUCUUUGACAUGGGCGGCUUUGGUCUCAAGAACAUGGACUGGCAGUGUGUCCUGUUCCUGGUCAAGUGCCUCGAGGCCUACUACCCCGAGUCGCUCCAGCGCAUUUACGUCCACAGCGCCCCCUGGAUCUUCAAGGGCAUCUGGCAGGUCCUCCAGCCCAUGCUCGACCCCGUUGUGAGGGACAAGAUCAAGUUCAGCAGCAAGGCAGCCGACCUCAAGGACUAUGCCGACACAACCAAGCUCAGAAAGGGCAUGGGCGGAACCAUGGACUGGGAUUGGGACUACAUUGAGCCCGAGCCGUCGGAGAACGACCUGACAAAAGACGAAAAGACGCGUGAGGCCAUGAAGAAGGAGUACGACGACCUGGCAAAGAAGUUCGAAGAGACGACGGCCGAGUGGUUGAAGUAUGACACCGACGACGAGGCGCCGGAGCUGACACACAAGCGAGAAGUGCUUGCCAAGCAGCUCCGCCUCACGGCACUGCGCAUGCAGCGCUACACGCGUGCAAAGAAUGUCUACCAGCGCGCCGGUCAGCUCAAGGACGACGGCAGCUUCACCUGGGAGUACCCGCAGACCGACGGCGAGACCAAGACGCAGACGGUCAACGACCGCCACAACAUCCCCGCCCUUCGCAAGUGGCUCGAGGAGCACAACGAGGACACGCUCGACGACAGCGUCUGCGGCCGCCUCGGUUUCUGCGGCUCAGAGGUCGAGGGCUCCUCGGAGGGCAAGGCAAGCGGCGCUCAGUCGCAGUCGCAGGGCAAGAAGUCAUCGUCGCAGAGCAACGGUGCCGCUGCGGGCGCUGCUGCUGCUGGUGGUGCCGCUGCCGGUGGUGGUGUGGCUGCCGCGCUCAAGAACAAGAAGGACAAGGUCAAGGACAAGGUGCAGGGCAACGGCAGCGCUGGAAAGGGCGACUCGGUCGGCCAGCAGGAGUCGCAGAGCCGCGCCGUCGAGGAGGAGAAGCCGCAAGAGAGCGCCGAGGAGGAGGAGCCCGAAGAGCAGCAGGAGGACAACGCCGAUGCCAAAAAGGGCCAGGAGGGCCAGCAGCAGCAGACUUACACUGGCGCUGCCAUGGGCGCGGUUGGUGGUGCCGCUGCUGCUGUCACGGGUGCCGCCGGCGGUACCCUGGCUUACCUCCGCGGCGAAAACAAUGGCAACGACCAGCAACAGCAGCAGAAGCAGGCCCAGUCGCCCCAGCAGGAGGAGCAACCCGAAGAAGGGAACUUCGACGAGGACGACGAUGCAGACUCCAACUUCAGCGAAGAGUCCAUCACGCCCGAGACAGCCGUCACGCCCUCAUACAUCGGCGACAAGCCGCCCUCGGCAUCGCAGGUCAAGCUCAGCGACGAAGAGUGCCGCAAGGAUCUGGGCAUUGUUCGCGAAGCCAUGAGCCUCUUCCUCAACUCGCGCAUGCAAGAGGCCGAAGACCUGUGCAAGGAGGGCGCCGACCACCGCCUGUACAAGGCCGAAGGCAUGGCCCUCAUCAACACGGUCAAGACGGUCAUGACCUUUGAGCCGCAGGACUUUGAGACGUCCAUCAUGUGCUGCAAGCACUCGAUGCACAUUGCCGGCCUUCUCCGCAAGAAGCAGGGCACCAUUGGCAAGAUGAUUGGCGGCAGCAAGCAGGCCAACUACAAGUCGAUGACGCUCGUCCAGCAGCACGCCGAGCUCGUUUACGCCGAGAGCCAGCUCCUCAAGGCUGUUCUUGGUAUCUUCUACGCCGGAGACAGCCUGGCCUUUGUCAAGCAUGCCUUCAGCCUUCGAAACGGCUAUUUUAUGGUCCGCGAGCUCUUCAAGUUUGUCGAGUUCUGCGACGGCGAGGCCGAGGAGGCUCAGAUCUCGGGCCGUCGUCCAACGGUGUCCGUCGACCAGGACUUCCGAUCGGGCGUCUACCUGACCAACGGAAUCUGCUCGCUCAUCCUCUCGCUCCUGCCUACCAAGGCCCUCAAGAUGAUGGAGGGCUUUGGUUUCACGGGAGACCGCCGCUUCUCCCUCGAUGUCUUUGCCAGGGCCGGCGGCUGGUCCAAGUCGCGCCCCCUGCCCACCAUCUCGGCCGACGAGGAGGGUGUUCGCCGCCCCUUGUGCGACAUUGCCAUGCUUACCUACCACCUCUUCAUCUCGUCAUACGUGCCCGUCACGGAUGUCGACUUUGAGUUUGCCGACAAGGUCCUCAGCUGGAACCUCGUCCGGUUCCCCAACGGCAUCUUCUUCCUCUACUACUCGGCCCGCCUCUACGCGGCCCAGGCGCUGCCCGAAAAGGCCAUCGAGUACUACCGCAACGCCAUCGAGUCGCAGUCGAUCUACAAGCAGCUCCACCACCUCUGCUUCUGGGAUCUCAGCUUGACCUACCUGGCCACGUGCGACUUUGUGCGAGCCUACGAGUGCUACGACGUCCUGUCGCGCGAGAGCAACUGGAGCAAGGCCAUCUACCAGUACGCCAAGGCCGUCAUGCUCUACGAGACUGGCAUGGACGACCGGGCAAAGAGUGCCACGAUCAUGCGCACCGUGUCCAAGUUGACCAAGAAGAUUGCCGGCCGUCAGAUUCCCUUUGAGCGAUUCGUCAUGCUCAAGGCCAAGAAGUACGUGGCACAGAACAACCGGCUGCCCCUGCCCGGCCUCGAGUUCUCCUACAUCUGGCACUGCAUGGCCCAGACGCCCGUGUUCCUCCUGGUCGAGAACACGCUGACGCGCAUCGACGAGUUCAUCGACGAGCUCGAGUCGUACCACGAGCCAAAGGCCUACGGCACGGGCGAGAGCGAGUACUGGAGCGCCUACUGCCUUGCGUUCUUCCUGCGUGGUGUCGCCCUCCGCUUUGUCGCGUACCCCGAACCCCACACCCUGGUUCGUCUGCCGGCCGAGGACUCGAUUGGUCCCCUCGAGGAGAUUACAGCCGAUGCCAAGGCGUCGUUCGCCAAGGUGCUCGAGCACGGCGGCAAGCUCGACGAGGUGGACCGCUACCUCGUCUACUUUGCCCACUACGAGAAUGGCCGCCUCCUUGCCUCGAUGGGACGCGAUGACCUGGCCAAGGCAGAGUUCCGCGCAGUCAUGAGCGGCAAGCCUCUGGAGGCCAAGGGCAAGAAGGGCGUCGGAUCGGGCAAGGCCUCGUACCUGCUCAGCAACAUGUGUCAGGUCCGAACGCACGCUGCCCUCGAGACGAUGCGCAUCAACAAGAAUCGAUCGAGGGGUAGCUUCUUCAGCCAGGGAACCGGUUCGUCCUCCUUUGCUGCUGGCUCGUCGAUUGGCACCAUUUCGAGCCGCCAAUCCUACGGCUCGAGCGCUCAGAACUCCAGCAGGAGCUCGGCGACGAGGGCCACGAGCAUGAGCAGCCGGUCCACCCGGAGCCCUGCUGGCGAGGCACCCAUCAGCGAGAAGCGAUCCCGCGCAACCAGCAACGCUGCCACCGACUACUCUGGUUAGAUGGCCUGCAAGAUUGAUUAUUCUCUUUGCUUACUACUUCACUGUCAUAUGUUUUGUUAUCCGUUUCCUCUUUUUUCUGUUGCUCUUUUCCCACUCUCGAAUGUCUUUCGCAAAGUUAUCGCUCUGGCUUCCCAAUGUGAUGAUGUGAUCUUUUACG